AUGAAUCAAUACGUGAAGAAUGAUUUUUUUGCAUCUUUCGUACAGUCAUUGAAAAGAAGGUCCGAACUUAGUUACCUCAAUCUUAAGAAUAUGUCGAAGACCAAAUCUCCCUAUGAUUCAAUCACUUUUGGAAAUCCCUUGUCCUUGAGAGUCGACAGCAAUUAUCUUUCCAUAAUGUCGAUUUCUCCAUGUGGUAGGGACGCUGUGUUAGCCGGACGAAAAGGUCUCUUAGUUGUUGAUCUUGAUGAUCCAUUUGCGGCACCUAGGUGGCUUCAUCAUGAAACUUCCUGGGAGGUGGCAGAUGUGCAGUGGUCACCACAUGCAUCCAAACCGUCGUGGAUAGUGUCCACCUCAAAUCAAAAGGCAAUGGUGUGGAAUUUGGCUAGACCAUCAACCAAUGCCAUUGAAUAUGUUUUGCACAAUCACACCAGAGCAAUUACUGACAUACACUUUCAUCCACAAAACCCUGAAAUGCUAGCAACAUGUUCUGUUGAUUCCUUUGUAAUUGCAUGGGAUCUUCGUUGUCCCAACCGACCAGUUCAGCAAUGGUCAGACUGGAGGUCUGGUGCCUCUCAAGUCAAGUGGAACUAUAAGGAUCCAAACAUACUUGCUUCGUCGCAUGCUAAUAAUAUUCAAAUCUGGGACAUUAGGAAAGGUGCACUUCCGAUGAAAAGCAUAGAAGGCCAUGAUGCUAAAAUUAAUGGUUUAGAUUGGAGCAGGGAAAAUAAGUAUGAACUAAUAUCGUGUUCCAAUGAUAUGUCAGUGAAAUUCUGGUCAUUUGAUAAGGAAUACGAAAAGCCGGUCUAUACUAUCAGGACAGAUUUUCCUGUUGCUAAAACUCGACAUUUACCAUUUGGUAAUCAUGCUUGUGGAAUUAUGCCCAUGAGAGGAGGUAACAAUUCCUUGUAUUUAGUGAACUAUCAAGGGAAAAAUGGGGAAGAUAAACUGGAACCAGUUUAUACUUUUAAAGGCCACCAUGAACCUGUUAAAGACUUUGUCUGGCGCUCAAGGCAUUCUUCAAAUUCAGAUAUUGAUGAUCGUGAGUUUCAGUUGGUUACAUGGAGUGCCGAUAAGGACUUAAGGUUAUGGCCAAUAACUGAUGAGAUUUAUGAAAGUGUAAACUUUAAAAGAAACCAGCCUUUACCUAAAGGUGAAAAGUUCGUAGAUUUUGAAUAUAAGUCUUAUCGGCCGGAGCCCCCGGUCUCCACUGAUAAUAAAUUGAUUAUACGCCAUAAGAGUCAAAGAUUUUUGGGCUCAUAUAAUGGAACUGUUAAAACUGCCGGUGAAUUCAAUCACCUGAACUGGAUUUCAGGUAUUAAGUUUGGACAAUCGGCAUUUCAAAAUACUAGCGAUGAUCCAAAUAGUGCUUCUUAUGGCGAUAACAGCACACGCCCUCUUAACCUGGGUGAAGAAUUUAGUAAUGUCGGCCAUAAAUUUCCCAAACUUCGUUUUGAAAGAAUUUCAGUAUCCACAGGUGUUUUGGUAAUAUCACUAAAUGGACCUUGGUCUUCGGAAAACAAAGAUGAUUUGAUCUUUAUCAGAAUAGAAUUUAACUUUCCUGUUGGGUAUCCUUCUCCAGAGGCUAUACCUCGCUUUAAGAUUGAGGACACUUAUGAAUUAAAAUCAGACAAGAAGCAAGAAAUUUUGACUAACUUGCAAAAUAUUUCAAGCAGAUUAUGCUCACACAAGAGGUUUUGCUUGGAAACAUGUUUAAGGUAUUUACUCGGCGAGAAGGUUGACGUUGAUUUGGAACUGGAGCAAGCAUUAGAUACUUAUGACCUAAACUAUGUGUCGGGGGAAAACGACGAAUUGUUUUCUGCAAGUCAAAAUAUCUCAAGUAACGAAAGCGAUGGCUCUAUAUCGGAUAUUGGGUAUGGUUUUGAAGAUGAAGAUGAUGACGAUGAGGAGGAGGAUGACGAUUACGAUGAUGAAGGAGAGAAUGAAGGUGAAAGUUUCACCGCUGCUAGAAGUAAAAAAGGCACCAAUGUUCAUGUGAAGAAGGCACCAUUUGAUAGUACCCCCGUUUCUAAAGGAUGUGGUGCAAUCUGGACAGCGAGUGGCCACCUCGUUUGCUUUUUCAUGUCCAAAGAGCAAGACAAAGAGCAGCACCUUAUAAAAUUUGGCCAACAGGGAUUUAGCCUUGUUCGAAACCUUAAAAGGAAACCUGUUAGUAGCAGGCUGCAAAUAAAUAAGCAAAGUUACAAUAAUGAUGAAAGAGACACAGACUCAGAGUCAUCUGAUGACAGCUUGGCUGAAGAUUUUAAUGAUCUCCAGUACGAUAGACUAUAUAGGUCUAGAGUUCCUGAGUUGCUCAGGAAUGUAAACAACUCGGAAUCAAGGCAUUUCUCCUCAAACGCCAGAAGCAAUGUUGUUUCAGUAGUUACUGAAAAAUCACAACAUACUAGUAACUCCAAAAAUAACCAGAAUAAGAAUCUCAUAAAAAUUUACGAUUUCAGACAUUUGAUUCCUGCUAAAAUGGAACUAGCAUACGAAUAUCGAAUUUUAGGAGAUGAGCCAUCUCUACUGGCACAACAUAAUGCACUGGUUGCAGAAAAGUACGGUUAUACUACAAUUGCGAAUUGUUGGAAAAUGCUGUCGGUCAUUCUAAUGAAAGAUGUGGUUAUAGAUGCCGACAGUGCAGCUAAUCUUCUGAAGAAAAUAGGAAGAGAUUCUAGUAAUCUUGAUAUACUCAAUAAUUAUAGGUUUUACUGGGGAUUUCAUCCGUUUGGAGGUGCUUGGUUAGUUAAACUUAUGUUUGAGUAUUUUGAAAAAGUCAAAGAUAUACAAAUGCUUGCGGUAUUGUCGUGUAUUCUAUAUGAAAACGACGAAAUCAAGGACCACCCAGAAGUUCCGAUCAACCUACCAUUUAGUCAUUAUAACAAAAUGGGGAAACCUAGCUUAAACCACGAAAGUAGCAUUGUUUCUUUACAGAGAGAUAGCAACCCAUUACGACAUGACUUACUCAAUGGUGGUAAGUUGUCUCCCUUGGUGCAUAACAAAGUGUCAUUUGAUCGGAGAAAUACUAGAAGCAUUUAUCCUGCUAGCCCUGUCGAUGCAAUUCAUCACCGUAUGGAGUCAGUAAGCACUUUAUCAUCAUAUGAAUAUGAUGAUCAUAGUUUUAAAAGUUCUUCACCUGCUGGUGAUAUGAUUAUGAAUUCUAUUAAAGUUUCUCACAAUAGGCGUGGUAUUAGGCAUAAGAACACCACAGGUAUAAAUUUAUUCCAAGGAUCAGAUAUCCACUCAAAUCUCAGUGUUGCGCCUCAAUUAUCAAGGUCUGUCUCCCUGCACUCAAACGUGUUUAGCCAGCAAUUUUCUAGGGCCGUUCCUGUAAGAAUGAAUUCUAAUGAUAAAGUCAUGGCAGACGAAAUACCCAAGGUUAAUAUCCAGAUGAUGAACACAACAGAGUUGGAUUUGUACGAAAAUCAAUAUUGUGUCAAUAUUGAGUCUUUUGUCGAUUUGAAAAAGUUAGAAGAUUACAGGAGACAAUACGCAUCUAUUUUGUUUAGCUGGGGAUUGCCUGCUAACCGACUAAAAGUCCUUAAAUUCAAUUAUAGUUCAAAAAGUGAAGCCAGCAGUAAUGAUUUUAAGGAGCAUUAUGGCGCAGUUGGGUGGUGUGAAGAUUUCAAGUACCAGGCCACCGAAUCUCCCUUGGAAAAAUGGAAAAAGUUUCACCACAAAAAUAAGUGCAAUUAUUGUGGCAUGGCUGUAACUAAGAGACUAUCAGUGUGCAGUAAAUGUAAUCAUAUAAUGCAUGACUCAUGUGCACUGGAAUGGUGGGAGACGAAUAAGAUGGACCAGUGUCCUAGUGGUUGUGGUUGUUACUGUUUAAACCAUGUAGUGUCUUAA